UCCAAAAAAAUUUAUCGCCCUGAUUUCAGUCUCUCAGGAAUGCUGCGCCUCUGUCACCCGGUCUCCAUCGCUACGCCUAAACGCGAGAUAUUUGGCAGUGCCUGCAAGGAAUCACUCGGGGUAAAACCCAAAUGUUUCGUCCGCUUCCGGAAAAUCAUUUUAGGCUUCCUACAAGAAAGAAAAUGGAAUCUGGCAGUCGCACUUAGCUAAACAGUCUAUCGUUUCUGAGAGAAUAUUAAAAGGGCAGCUGGGUUGUACGAUAACGCUGUCGUUAACAUCGCCAAGCAGCAACUGGAUCUUGCUGAAUAUUGGAUCGUCUCUAGUCCGCCCUCCCUUCUGAACCAAUGGAGGGGUCUGACAGCGUGGAGCAGAAUGGCAGUGACCUGCCAGAGUCACAGCGCAGGAGGCAGCUGGACCGCCUGGACAGGGAGGAGGCCUUUUACCAGUUUGUCAACAAUCUCAGUGAUGAGGACUACCGUCUCAUGAGAGACAACAACCUUUUGGGCACUCCAGGCGAGGUAACACAAGAUGAGUUAUUCAAUAGACUUCAGCAAAUCAAAGAUGGUCCUGAGCAACAGAAUAACACCGCUGGUACUGAAAGUGUAGAAGAUCCAGUUGAACAACCGGAAAGCUCAGAGGAUCCUGCCAGUGGCGAUAGUCUGCUUGACUGGCUGAACACUGUGAGGCGCACAGGCAACACAACUAGAACCGGUCAUCGUGGGAAUCAGUCAUGGCGGGCUGUGAGUCAGACCAACCCGAACAGUGGCGAUUUUCGCUUCAGUCUAGAAAUCAGCGUGAACCGCAGUCUGGCUGAGCAACAGGCAGCUGUCGAGGGAGAGCAGUUAUCUAUAGAGCAACCUCCAGAAGAAUCAUCAGAGCAAUCUCCAGAAGAAUCGCAAUCGCCAGAAGAAUCGUCAGAGCAAUCGCCAGAAGAGAGGUCGGAGCAACCUCCAGAAGACUUGCCAGAACAGUCUCCAGAACAAGCUCCAGAAGGUCAAGAAAUAGUGGCAAAUGCUGAACCACCAGUUCCCAUGGAGACAGAAGUGGUAGAAGAACCAGUUGUAGAUGAGUUGGCGGUCAUAGUGGAACCAGAGCCUGAACUAGAAGAGGUUGUUUCACAAGAGCUUGUAAGUGAAUCUCCCACCUCACCUUGUCCCCUGCCAGUGCAGCCACCACUCUGUCCUUCUCCACGCAGAGGGCAAAGGAGACCCCGCAGCCGUAGUCCAGAACCACGCAGGACUCGGGCCCGUUUAGCCAGGAGCCGCUCCCCUCUCAACUUGGAUCAACUUGAUGGACUCCCUAAUCCACGGCAUUCUUACAUCUCUCAAAGUGCCAGUUCUUCCAGCAGUGCUCCCCCUGUACCUCAAAUGGAGGGUAGCUCACGGACUCGACAGCAUGUUCUUUCAAGACCAAGCAACACUGAGGGAGAUGCUCAGCAGUCUAGGGCAGUUGCAGAAUUCAUUCCAGAGGCCCACAAUGUUGCCUCUCAGGAGGGAGAAGCCUCUGGGGGCGAAGGGGGCGCAGCAGGGCGCCGUCCCCCUACUAUUAUGCUUGAUCUUCAGGUGCGCCGUGUGCGUCCAGGUGAAUAUCGGCAAAGAGACAGCAUUGCCAGCCGUACUCGCUCGCGCUCCCAGAACUCAAACAACACAUUUAUGUAUGAGAGUGAACGUGGUGGAUUUCGUAGGACUUUCUCGCGCUCUGAGCGUGCUGGUGUGAGGACCUACGUCAGCACUAUUCGCAUCCCCAUCCGAAGAAUCUCCGAUGCAGGUUUGGGAGAGGCAACUUCAUUGGCUCUCCAGUCUAUGAUACGGCAGAUCAUGACUGGGUUUGGUGAGCUCGGCUACCUCAUGGACUCGGACUCCGACUCUUCAGAUUCAAACCGUGGAGCCAAUGCUCCUGCAGAAAUAGAACCCCUCCAUAAUCCAGAUGCUACACCUGCCGAUGCUCCUGCUGCUGAUGUUGACGAGCAACCGGUUGCUGCUGGAGGCAGAGGAAGGACGGUUGAGACUGAUAUGGAUGAAGGCCUUGCCACUGGUCCGCCUCCCACUGGUGGCAGGGCUCGACCAAGACCACCUAUCGGCCUGGAGGAGCCCAGCUCCCUGCCCUUCCUGCGACUUGCUCACUUCUUCCUACUAAAUGAUGAUGAUGAAGACCAGCCCCAGGGGCUGACCAAAGAACAGAUUGACAACCUCUCCAUGCGCAACUUUGGAGAGAGUGAUGCCUUGAAGACUUGCAGUGUGUGCAUAACAGAGUAUGCAGAAGGGAACAAGCUACGUAAGCUUCCCUGCUCUCACGAGUACCAUGUGCACUGCAUAGACCGCUGGCUCUCGGAAAACUCCACGUGCCCCAUUUGCCGCAGGGCUGUCCUAGUGUCAGCCAACAGAGAGAGUGUGGUGUAACUCUUUGACAGACUGAAGGCCUUUUGUCUAAGCCGAAGUAAUCCAAUAUCUCCCAAGUCUGUAAGAGGCUGUGAGAAAACGUGUUUCCGCUGUUGAAAUGUAUUUCCUUCAUACUAUUUGUGAGUUUGAUCGUAUCGCAGACAACAGGUUUUAUUUGGGGUGCUCCUUACAGUGACGAUGGAGAAUAUUUAGUUUUUAGUUAGACAUUUAUUAUUAUUGCAGUCCAAAGUGGGGCACAAGCGAUGCAUGCUGUCUAUCAACCGGUAGUGGCUGUGCAGUGUUGCGUUGCAUCAAGCCAUGCGCACAAGUAGACUGAUAUCUCAUAAAAAUAAAUCCUCUGAUUAUAAAUGCUGCACACUUGCAGGUAGUUCAGGCACUUCAAAUCUGUUCUGUUCUCUCAACUCCCGAAUGGCCCCUUGUACAACAUUAGCUGGGUGUAGGUACAGUUGCUAGUUACACCAGUUCAAAGUAUUAGCUGUAAAUAAGCUUGUAAAAUAAUUUUGAAUCAUACAUUGUAUCACUGAAUUGGUUUCGGAUUGUAAAUGAACUCAUUUGAAGAUCUGGGUCAUGAUGGUCUGCAAUUACUCUCUGAAUUUGAUUUUAAAUGUUUAGGUGCUAACAAUGUAUACAGCAGAAUUAUUUACAGAUUGUGAUGUCCAAAGGAUGGAGGACAAAGUGUUUUGCAAUUUACAGUGUGACUUGUGCUCUCCAUUCUUGUUCACCCUAAAGAAACAAACUCCUUUUUUUUUUUUUUUUGUUCUUUUUUUUUUUGUUUGUUUGUUUGUUUUUGAGCGGGAUAUACCAUAAACUCGCAGAGAAAAAACCCCCCAGAAUGUUGAACUUUUUAGGUUUGAUUUUUUUUUUUUUUUCAAAGUUAAAGUCUGUUUUGGAUUAAUAUUGUAUUCUUACUUUCUUAAUUAUUGUAAUGCCAGACGUAAUCGUAUGAGAAAAUGAAAGCUUUUUCAAUAUGGGUAAUGGAGGCUUUGUCAGUAUCAAGUUGUGUGUUCCCCACCUCUAAAAUAUUAGCAGGCAUGACACAGAUGCAAAAGGAGAUUUACUUUUAAUACUAAAUGAUGUCACAGUUGUGAUCCUUUUGUGUGUUGUUGUUCUUCUCGAUUCUUUUUUUCUACUAACAAUUGGAUUAAUUAAAUACGAAAUAAGUUGUGGUCUUGGCAGAGUGAAAUAAUCACAGAUUGAAUAAAAUGGCAAUGCAGACUUGCCUCCUCAGCUUAAGCCACAACAGAUCUCUUUACCUGUCAGUCCACCUUCAUGUUUAAGUUGCAGCUUAAGUUAUUGCCCCAAAGGUUUGAUAUAUACCAAGUCUGGGGUGGGAAAGUUUCCAUUAUUGUUCAUUGGGCUUUGCGUCAUAAGAAAGUCAAGAUUCUUGACCACUGUGCCCUCCUCCUGCCUCAAGAGCAAAUGCUCCAUAUCUGUGUGCAAUACAUGCAAAUGUAAAAGUAGGGAAAUGAAGACUUAUUACCCAUUAUGUGUUGAAUUUAUUUUAUUUAGAAGUUCUGUAGGUUUUAAUAGCACUGUUGAUGAACAGGGACACUGGCUAAAGGAAGAAAAAAAGAAAAAAAGCAACACUCUUAAAGCCAUCCUGUCACAUUUCUUAUUUUAUUGUUUGAUGUCUUAGCCACAACUAUUACUUCCCUUUGUGGAGCAUAAAGGUUUGAAUGCAAGGUGAUGUUGGAUACCAUUAACAUGUAAACAAAAUGUAUGUUCCCUCAUAGGCCAUGCUUUAGUUUUGGCCUUGUUCUGUGAUCCACCCAGUGCAGUAUGUUAACUGGGUGUUAAAUGAAAACUAACCGCUGAAUUAAACAAGUUGUUAUGCUAUGAAAUGCUUUGCCAGUAUGCAUUCUCUACACUUACUGGGCUGUCUGAUCAAAUGAACACCUGUCCACAGCUGUAGUCACUGGCUACUUCACUAAUUACAUCUUGAUUGAUCAAGAUGGACCCCCACCCCACUUUGACUCCAGAACUGCCUUACAUCUUCAUGGCACAGAUUCAACAAAGGUGCUAGAAACAUCCCUCAAGAGAUUUUGGCAUCAUCAUUGACAUGACAGCGAGACUCAGCUGCUCCACAUCCAUGAUGCAAAUCUCCCAUUCCACCACAUCCAAAACAAUGCUCUGUUGGAUUAUGAUCUAUUGACUGCGGAUGCCAUCUGAGUAAAGCGAACAGUUUAAGAUGAUCUGAGCUUGGUGACACGGUACUUACCCUGCUAGAAGCAGUCCUCUGAAGAUUGGCACAUCGUGGUCUUAAAGGGACGGACACGGUCAAGUGAAACGACGUUCAGUUGGCAGUGAGGGGUUCUAAGUGUGUUAAGAAAAUAUUUCCCACGCCAUUACACCACCAGCAGCAGCCUGAACUGUUGAUACAUGUUUUGAUGGCAUUUAUGCCUUAUUCUCAUCCUACUAUUUGACUGUCGUAGGAGAAAUCAAGACUUAUCAGACCAGGCAACCUUUUUUGAAAUCUUCUAUUGUCCUUUUUUGGUGAGGUUGUGUGACUUAUAGCCUCAGUUUCCUCAUCCUCUUCCUAUUGGCUUUAUCAGUCUGAAGCAGCCUAGCCAUUCUCCUCUGACCUCUGACAUUAGCUAUGUAUUUUUCACCCAGAAAACUGGCUCACUGGACAUUUUCUCUUUUUCAGACCAUUAUCAGAAACACUCAGAUCAGCCCAUCUGGUACAAAGAGCAAUGCAACUUUCCAAGUCACUUAUACACCUUUCUUCCCGAUUAUGAUGCUUGGCUUGAACUUCAGCAUGUGAUCUUGAUGAUAUCCACACGCCUAACUGCACUGCAAAGCUGCCAUGUGAUUGCCUGAUUAGAUAUUUGCAUUAACAAGCACUUAAAUAGGUGUACAUAAUGAAAUGGCCAGUAAGUGCACAUUAUUUGUACUUUGCCAGGUAUUUAUUAACGGGCCUUUGAGCAGAUCCUUAAAAGCACCCUGUGAUCAGAACAAGUAGAUGGAUCAUGAGCCUGCCUGUCAGCAGGCUCUAUAUCACAAACCAAAAAAUCUGUGACCCCUUUGUUUGAAAUUCAAUACUGCAAAUUUUAUAAAGGUGGAAUAGUGUGAGCAUUGUAAAGUGUGCAUUAAAUGAUGGGCUUAGUGUACUUAGUGGUUUACCCUGAGCACUGUCCUUAUUUAAAUAGAGGAAUGCAGUACAUCAAUAUGACCUCAUUAACAAUAACAAAACUCAGACUAUUAUUUACAUUAAAGGCAUGAUUACACUUUACGGCAGGGCAGCCGUACCUGCACAGGUGUAUCUGUUAAAGCGUUAUAGUGUACAACGAUUAGUGUUGUUAUUACCCCUCAGAAUCCCAGCCGACAGACAAAAAACAAUGGUCCUUAUUUAUGCCCAUGCACUCUGCAUAAACUGCAUGUUUCGACAAGCAUAUAAACGUACGGCCAUUGUGCUGUGGUAAAUGUUUCACAGGACACGAGUGGAAAAAACGAGGAAGUAGCCUACCGCUGUCAGAUCACGGCAGGAUGGCGCUCCGGGCAGCUGGAGGUCGUUUAUGGCAGUUUCAGAGGAGCUGUCUGAAGGUUACCAGCUUUCAAACACUGGGAACUGUCAAAUACAAAAGAACCUGUCCCGUUGAAGUGAGCCAUCUGGAUCAUUUGGUGCUAACAGUGAAAAGUGUGCCAGAUACCAUCAGUUUUUACAGCUCAGUUCUUGGCA